AGCUGAUUUGCCUAGGAUAACUUACUGACAUAAAAAAUGAAGAUAUCUUUUAUUCUUAUUUUUGCUAUUAUUCUUAUAUUAACUCUUACUGGAGAAAUUGAAAGCAAAAAGUUUUGGAAAAAAGUGGAAAAAGUUGGAAAAAAUAUUAGGAAAGCUGCAAAAAAGACCUUACCAACAAUAGGUGGAUAUGUUGGAAUUGCUAAUCAAAUAAAGGGUGUCAAAAAUUAAUAUACAAUAUGUUUUCUACCUCCAGAAAAAUCUUUGGAAAUAAAAUAUCUUAAUAACUUUAUUGAAUUUUGGUAUAUAUUUUGAAAACAAUUAAAUUUAGAUUUAAGCUUAGAAUUAUUACUAUUUUAUAUGUAGAUAUGGGUAUUAUAUUUUUUGUAUCCCACAAAAACAUCCCACCUCAGUAAUGAUAUAGUCGGUGAUUAGUGGGAAAGGUAUGGAACGUUUGUAUGUCGUAGAAGGAACCAUGCGACACGAUCAAUAUAAAAGUAUUUUGCAGACAAGAUUGGUUCCACAAGUAAACGAAUGGUUUGGUAAAAGCCAUAAGAUAUGAAUGCAGAAUGGAGACCUUGCCAUACGACUAAAAUUAUUAAAUAAUUUUUGUUAGAACAAGAAAUUCAGCUUUUCAGACAUGAACUCCAUUUAAAAUGCCUGGCAGUGACUAAAAACAGAAUUAGCUAAUGAAAUAAUUACCAACAAGGUUCAGUUGAUAAAAACAAUUUUUUUCCAUCAUAAUCACACCAAAAGUUUAAAAUAAAUGGCUGGAAAAUGCAUAAACAGCAUGCACUGCUUAAAGCAAAGGGUAGCUUAACAAAAUAUUAUUGUUAUAGUAAAAUAUUAUAAUAAUUUACGUUGUUUUUGUU